AUGCGGAUCUUCAUUCAAUCAAUUGACUACAACAUAUGGAAGAUAGUGGUGAAUGGUCCUAAAAUCCCUACAAAGACAAGUGCUGAUGGAGUGGUGACUCCAAAGGAGGAAGCCGAAUGGAAUGAUGAUGGCAAAAAGAAGGUGAAGCUGAAUGAUAAAGCCAUAAACUUGCUACACUCUGCUAUCAGCUUCAAGGAAUACCGAAAGGUAUCUAGAUGCAAGACGGCAAAAGAAAUUUGGGAGAAACUCCAAGUUACACACGAGGGCACCAAACAAGUCAAAGAAACAAGGAUUGAUAUGCUGCGAAAAGAGUAUGAAUUGUUCACCAUGAAGGAUGGAGAAAGUAUUGAUGAGAUAUUUGAGAGAUUCUUAAUCAUCAUCAAUAGCCUUGAUACUAUGGGCUUGACACACACUGAACAAACUCUAGUGAGAAAAGUCCUUAGAAGCCUUACAAAAGAAUGA